GCUUUUCUCUACCAUCGUUCAACAAUGGAGGCAUCUUCAUCUUCUACGCCUGUAGCAUUCAAAGUGCAACUAGAUGAUGCUCAAACUGCACAUCCUCGAUUACAUAUAAGCUUGCCUGCUUCUUUCUUGGAUUCACCUCAAACUCAAUCACACAAAUGUGAGCCUAAUUUGCUCAUCAGGUUACCUCCGGGUUUAUUCGUUGAUCCAUUCACAUUCCCCACAUCCAAAAAAUCACCAUCUCGAAGAAUAGAACAGCAUAGUCAGGUCCAGAUCGACGAUGACACCACUGAUGAUCCAUCAUCAUCUCAAAGAAAACACCCUCCACACGCAAUACUACAGGAUAGAGAGGUGGUAAAGAGCAUACAACUACUUAACGCUUCUAGGAAACAUGGUGAACUUCUUAAUCAUGAUUUCACGAAAGUAGAAUUGGAAAAGGGAAUAGGCUAUACCAUAUCCGCCAGAGAUCGACAAAACCUAGAUUCAGAGGAUUCAAAUCUACUCAUACGUGAAUACACUGCAUUCGUCAUUUCCCUUCAUCGUACAAAAGUACCAACGAUUGUCAAACAUGAACAAAUGUCAACUGGAUCCGAAGGUCAAAUUGACGUAGAACCAAAAGGACAGCAAAUUGAUAUUGAUGUACCUUUGCAUACAAGAUAUCCUAUCCCCCUUGGCACACCUCUCACUGACUUGAAGGCUCUUACACAAUUCGAUUGGCAGAAAUUUGGGGAAUCCGUUCUUUGGCCAGGAGAAGGGACGUAUCACACCGCCUUGCUCGAAUAUCCACAAGCUUUUUGGCAGUGUAAAGGAGAAGGGAUGCUAGCUGUAGAUUCUGGCGUAUAUGAAUCCAGGUCGGAAACGGAGCUCUUAGCACCAAUGCAUGAUCAUCUCACACUACCUUUCUCCCAGUCCAAUCAUUUGUUCGUGCUGUUGCCGCCCUUCCGCACUUCAAGAGAACCUUUCCGCAUACAAAUCCCAGCAGGAAGAGCAGAAUUGACUAUUGCAACACAAAUGGUUACCACAAUAUCCUUACUGUUGGCAGCUGUCCUGAUCAUCAUUCAAACAACAACAUUAUCGCGAAAGGUGCGGAGAAGCGAGAGUUAAUUGCAAACGAAAACAAAGUGAUUGUAUAGAUGUUUCUUAGAAUACAUUUUUUAUACUGCUGCUACUUGUACAUUCUGUUCUGGGAUGUAGUUGGAAAGCAAUCUAGUAGCGACCGUAGGGGCCUUGAUGACCACCACGACCUCUUCCACGACCGCCGCCGCCACCACUACCACCUCCGCCAUUAUGAUAUCCCAUCGGUCUAGGUGGUCCGCUACCACCUCGUGGUCCACUUGGAGGUGCUCCAUAUGCAUUACCUUGUCCAUAAUUUCCAUACUGUUGCUGUGGUGGCUGCUGUCCAUAAGGAGCAUUGUUCGCUUGAUUGCCAUAUCCAUUUACACCUUGUCCAUAUCCUCCAUAAGCAGGCUGAGCAUAUCCACCAUUAGCCGUAUUUGCAUUUCCAUACCCGCCA